AUGGAAGUUGAUAUAUCAAAUAAUCCCUCACAUGAAACAAAUAUGGACACUACUUCUGAAUGGGAAAGCGCCAUUCCAGAAAAUGCUGAAAAACAUAAAAAUCAGAUUGUGGGUACUGAAGAGUUAGUUACUACCACCUGUAGUGAUGACAGUGCUCUUCUCGGAAGGGGAACUUGCACAGAUUCUGAAUCAAUUUCAAUAGAUGUAAAGAAACUAGACGAGAACACUUCAACUACACCGAAUAUAUAUUGUCCUCCAAGUUGGGCUUUAAAUUGUCCUCCAUCUUUAGAUUACAAAUUAGAAGUUAUUAAAAAUGGUUUACAACUUUCAGAGAGUACAAUUUAUUUAUCAUCUCCUUCAGACACAAAUUUGCAAUCUUCAUGUGAUGAUGGUUUAAGUUAUUGUUUAUUUGGUCGUCAACCUCAAUCAUAUUAUACACAAUCGAAUAAUAUGAAUGGACAAUGUUCGGUACUUGCUCAUCCUUCAAUAAGUCGACUACAUGCUGUAUUACAGUAUGGUAAACCACCGCAUGCUGUGGGUCAUGUAUCAGAAAAUGAAAAAGACACCACUGGAUGGUAUUUGAAAGAUUUAGAAAGUACUCAUGGUACUUUUGUUAAUAAGCGACGUCUACCCCCAGGAAGAUAUGUUCGUAUUCGUGUUGGUUAUGUUUUACGAUUUGGUGGUAGUACACGUUUGCAUAUUCUUCAAGGACCUGAAGAAGACACUGAACAACAAACUUCACAUUCUUGGUUCGAUUUGAAGAAAUCUCAUGAAGAGUAUAAGAUGAAUCUUAAAAUGGAACGCAAUAUUUCAUCAAUACAGAAUUCAAAUACUGUCAAGCUUGAAUGUAACUGGGGGAUGUCGUUAGAAGAUCCUGUCUCUGAACCAAUUCCAACUUAUUACAAUCUGGAACUUCGGGCAUUGAAUGCAUAUUUUGAACGAGAAGGGAUUGAUCCUAUUCCACAGUAUGAAUUUGUUGAAGCACCAUUCGGCAAACAACAUUGUCGAAUCGAAUUGCCAUUGAGUUCAGGUACCGUGACCGCAGAAGCUCUUGUUUCCGGUAAACGAAAAGAAGCUGUUGUUGCUUGUGCUUUGGAAGCAUGUCAACUUUUAGAUCGUUUGGGUGAAUUUGACCCAGAUAAAGAUCGUUCCACCGCUUCUAAAUACGCUCGAUCACGAGCUUAUUGGGAAGAUCGUGACUAUUAUUCAUCUGAUGAAGAUACAUAUGUUGAUCGAACUGGAGCUGUAGAGAGAAAACGUUUAAAUCGUAUGCGUCAAUUAGGAGUGAAUGAUAAUGAUGAAAUUAAAACAACAGACGAACUAUUGAACAAUGAUAAUGCUAAAAUUCAUCUUAAAAAUGAAAAACGAAUAUCUCAAAGUGCAAACAUGAUUACUAUGCUUUCAGAGUUAGAAAAAAUUGGUGAAGAGAUUGUUUCAAUCGAAGAAGAAUUAGAAGCUAUCAAUAAAGAGUUUUCACCUAAAGAAGCAAAUCCAUCACAACUUGACGAAUUAGAGGCCUAUAUGAAUGCACUUAAAACAAACUCAUCUAAAUGUGCACAACGUUCUAAAUUAAAAGCACGUCUAAUUUCAUUACGUCAAACUGAACUGCAACUUUUUCGUCGUGCUGGACUUUCAAGAGUAGGCAAAACUGCGAAACAACUUAGCAAUAAACAAAAUAACAAUUCUGAAUAUAUUUCAUCAUCCGAUGCUGCAGCCGCCGUUCGAGCAGCUCGACAAAAAUUAAAUAAUGAUGCUGGUGAACAACAAAGUGAAAAUGAUCAACUAAAUGCUGUUACAUCUGAGCAAAAAAUUAAAAAUAUUCGAGCUGAUAGAAAUGCAUUAAAAAGAAGUCUACAAAACCAUGCCAGAACACUUUAUGUAUCUCAGAAGAAAAUUGAAAUAGAUAGACCAUUUGAAGUGGAAAAUGAUGAUGAUGACGAUGGUGAAACCAAUGUAAAUGAUAUUGGUGACAAAGAAGAAACACAACAAAUGGAAAUGAGCAUAGACAAUGAAGAGAAUAACGUUGAUACCGCUAUUUCUAUUCCUCAAUACAAAUCGAGCAAAUGUCCAGAUUCUAGUUGUCAAUCAACGUUUCCCCUUAUUUCUACUACUGCUACCAUGAAUAUUGUAAAUAAUAAUGACAAUCCUAUUGACGAUUCCAGUGCAACUAUAAGUAAUGAACAAGGUGUGGAAGAAAACUCAACUGAAAUUAAAUUAUAUGUCGAUAAAAAUCAACAACCUUCCAAGGUGUUGGGACCAACUUUGCCUCAGUCUCAAUCUCAAAAACCUUUUGUCAAUAAGAGGAUAAAAAAUUAUCCAGAAAAUGAUUCUGACGAUUAUGUGGAAUGGUUUCCUCCAUCAGACCAAAGUGGGGAUGGUAUCACUUCUCUUAAUGCUAAAUAUGGAUAUUAA